AUGGACAGUUGCCGCUGGGACAACAUGACAGUCCAAAAAGUGAACUGCCCUCUCGCCAAGCAGUCACACUCGGACCAUUCUAUCGACGACAAGGCGGCCGACAAGACAAUCAUCUUCGAGACAAAGCCUGCCCCCUCCCUUCCCAACCCCGCACGCUCCAGUGGCGCCGUCUGCCCCUGCGUCGUCCCACAAGGUUCCGGGGUCAACAACACCGCUGUGUACCGUAGGAGCUCAUGUGGGCCCAGGCAGGUUACAUCACUACCACAGCUCAAGGCUUCUGUCGAGAGAAAGGACACCAUGGGCGGCGACCGAAACCUCUCGCGGCUCUCGCAGCCAAAGGCCGACUACCCUCUUCUGGCUCAAAAGCCAGUUGGGAAGCUGAUCGAUAACCUCUAUCUCGGCCGUAUUGAACGCGAGUACAAGGAUGGCCAGUACGGCAAGGUCACUCUCUCAGCGAUGUAUGAUGAAGGUCGUGCCUCGGGCCGACCACAUGUGAAGCUCUCUACUUGGGCUGCUCCAGGACAAGAGCGGCCCACGUUCAAAGAUGCCGUCUCACAUGAAUUCAAGGAUACCGAAGUCGGCCAUGCCUUCGGUCCCUCAUGGACUACUCACUGGUUCAAGGUCGAGCUCACAGUCCCAGACGAUCUUCGGAGCAAGGAGCGUCUGGAGUUUCACUGGGACUCCAACAGUGAGGGCAUGGUUUGGUCCGCGGAUGGCAACCCGCUGCAGGGCUUGACCGGCAACAACGAGCGUAUUGAGUGGAUUCUCCCGGAGUCUUUCCUAGACGGCAAGGAGCACACUUUCUACGUCGAGAUGGCCUGCAAUGGCAUGUUUGGGAACCCGACCGGAGGUGACACCAUCCAGCCCCCUGACCCUAACAGGAUGUUCCCUCUCAGCAAGGCCGACAUUGUUGCUGUCAACGUGCAGGCUCGACAGCUCCGUAUUGACAUGUGGAUCAUUGGGGAUGCUGCCAGAGAGCUUCCCAGGGACUCUUGGGAGCAGCACCAGGCCCUCGCUGUUAUCAACCGUAUCAUCGAAACCAUCGAAUUGGGCAAUCAGGACUCCAUUCUGAAGGCUCGUGAGAUUGCCCGGGAGUAUAUCGGCAACGUCGACUCUGCGAAAGUUUACGACAGCGAAAAGGAGCCUCUCAUCUACGGCAUCGGACACUGCCACAUUGAUACGUGUUGGCUCUGGCCUUGGGAUGAGACGAAGCGAAAGGUUGCACGUUCUUGGACAAAUCAGUGCAACCUGAUGGACGAGUAUCCUGAACUGAACUUCGCUUGUUCUCAGGCCCAGCAGUACAAAUGGCUCAAACAGUACUACCCUUACGUGUUUGACCGGGUCAAGGAGAAGGUGAAAUCCGGACAGUUUCAUCCAAUUGGGGGCAGUUGGGUUGAGCACGACACAAACCUGCCCAGCGGAGAGUCUCUUGUGCGACAAUUCAUCUACGGCCAGCGUUUCUUCGAGUCUCACUUUGGCCAGCGCAGCCAGACUUUUUGGCUUCCUGACACAUUCGGGUACUCCUCACAGCUGCCCCAGCUAUGCAGACUGGCCGGCAUGGAUCGCUUCUUGACCCAGAAGCUGAGCUGGAAUAAUAUCAAUAACUUCCCGCACACCACCUUCAACUGGGUCGCUCUAGACGGCUCUCAAGUCGUUUGCCAUAUGCCGCCAGCAGAGACCUACACUUCUGACGCGCAUUUUGGUGACGUCAGACGAAGCAUUAGCCAACACAAAUCUAUGGACCAAGACCACACAUCUCUUCUCGUAUUCGGCAAGGGUGACGGUGGUGGUGGCCCUACCUGGGAACACCUCGAGAAGCUUCGACGUUGCAGAGGUAUAUCGGACAAGACCGGUGGCUUGCCGCGGGUGCAUAUGGGCAAUUCAGUUGACGACUUCUUCGAUAAGAUUAUUCCCAAAGCUGACAAGCUCGUAACGUGGUAUGGUGAGCUUUAUUUCGAGCUUCACCGAGGCACCUAUACCACACAGGCGAGGAACAAGCGCAACAACAGAACCUGUGAGUUCAUGCUGAGGGCUAUCGAGCUCUUUGCCACCAUCGCCUCGUUGAGCAACUCUUCAUACAAAUAUCCAAAGGCGGACAUCGAUGACAUGUGGGAGAAUGUCCUGCUUUGCCAAUUCCACGACUGCCUCCCUGGUAGUUGCAUUGAAAUGUGCUAUGACGACUCUGAUAAGCUUUACGCCAAAGUGUACGAGACUGGCAAGAAGUGUCUCGCAGACGCUAAGGCCGCCCUUGGCGUUGGUGAGGAAACGACCAACACCACGUCGAUCGAGGACGCGACAGCACUCAACAGCCUUUUCUGGCCCAGGAAGAGCCUUGUCGAGCUAGGUAACACAGCCGCUAUCGCUUGUGGAGAAGGCCCAUGUCUGAAUCUGAAGGCAUUCAAGACUUCAUCCACUGAAGGAAAGGCUGUCGCGAUCCACGAAGUGUCAAAGGGAGUUUUCGUCAUGCAGAAUGACCAGCUGCGGGUCCAUGUCGAAAAUGGUGUUAUCACAUCGCUCUACGACCGCCGUGCUGAUCGUGAGGUUCUCUCGGGCAAGGCUAAUCAAUUCGUCAUCUUCGAUGACAAGCCCCUGUACUGGCAGGCUUGGGAUGUCGAGGUCUUCCACCUGGAUUCCCGCAAGGAGCUCUCCGUCUAUGACACUCAGAUCAGCGAGAACAAGAGCUACCGUGUCAGCCUAACCAGCCGCGUCAAGAUUAGCGAAAAGAGCAACCUUGUCUCGACCAUUAGUCUGUCCGCCGCUCUGAAGGGUCAGCAAUCAUACGUCGAGGUCAGCACCGAGGUCGACUGGCAUGAGGACAUGAAGUUCCUCAAAGUCGAGUUCCCUGUCGACGUUAGGAACACCGAGGCCAGCUAUGAGACUCAAUACGGCAUCGUUAAGCGACCAACCCAUUACAACACAACCUGGGAUAUGGCCAAGUUCGAGGUGUGCUGCCACAAAUUCGCAGACCUGUCAGAAUCCAACUACGGUGUCUCCAUUCUCAAUGACAGCAAAUAUGGAUUCGCGACCUGCGGCAACCUGAUGCGUCUAUCUCUCCUCCGCUCCCCUAAAGCUCCCGACGAGCAUGCGGAUAUGGGUACCCACAAGAUCCGAUACGCAAUCUUGCCACACGAUGGACCUCUCGGUAGCGGAACCGUCCGCGCCGGCUACGAGUUCAACAGUCCCCUGGUACUGGCUCGCAAGCCCAAGACACUGUCAAUCGAAAAUCCUGUCAAGCUAGUAGGCGACCCAGCUGUCGUCUUGGACGCAGUCAAGCGAGGCGAGGAUGAUGUGGACAUCAGCCGCGGCGAUCUUCCCGCUCGCAAGGGCAAGUGCGUUAUUAUCCGCCUGUACGAGUCGCUAGGAGGCCGCUCCCGCACCGCUAUCCACACGACUUGGGACGUCAAGAAGAUCACCAAGGUCAACUUGCUCGAGGAUGAGAUCCCCGGCGAAGAUGCGUUGGAGAAGGACGAGGACGAUAAUUACCCAAUAACGCUGCGGCCGUUCGAGGUCGCUACCUAUCGACAAGAAGACUUUUGUGAUGGGAUUCUGAUUCGGUCCGAGAAGAAAGUGAUGGCGUACGAAUGCUCAAAGCAGGGAGAGGUCACAAAGGAGGAGCUUAACAUGCAUGCCACGAAAAGUUUGUUCCGCGCAUUCUCGCCUCGCUACUGCGAAGAGAAUAGUGUUGACACAACGACAUGCCCUAUCGAAAUGCGAUGA